AAUAAAUAGCAGCGUGCAGCGCCAUUUAAUCACCUACCGGUAGACAUAGGGUACUAAUUUGUCAAAAUAGGAUAUAAUGCGACCAAAUAUAAAGUGACAUUCGUAACAUUUAUUUAAUCGGAUAUCUCUUUUUCUCUAAUGGCCAUACUCAUAAGCGAUACAAGCGAGCGUUGGGUGUUUUGCUAGAAUUUGACACUUUCUUACUUCGUCAGUGAACUGCCGCGAGGCUACGUCGCUAAUUCGUGUCGUUUUGCACUUUGCAGUCCGAAACCGUUUAAAUCGUCGUAUUUUCCUAGCGCGGCGAGCGAAACAUGCGUAGUGCGCGCACGGGCGCGGGCAGCACGAUCGCACGCGGCUGAACGCGCGCGGGAGCGACGGGCCCGCCGGCGCCAUGGCGGAGCUGGAGGCGGCGCCCGGGGCCAUCGUGAAGCAGGGCUGGCUGCUGAAGCGCGGGGAGCACAUCCGCAACUGGCGCGACCGCUACUUCAUCCUGUUCGACAACGGCGACCUGGUGGGCUUCAAGGCGCAGCCCGAGCGCAACAACUACCGUGACCCGCUCAACAAGUUCACGGUGCGCGACUGCCAGAUCAUGGCCGUGGACAAGCCGCGGCCGCACGUGUUCACCAUCCGCGGCCUGCAGUGGACCACGGUCAUCGAGCGCAACUUCGCCGUGGACACGGACAAGGAGCGCGAGGAGUGGGUGGCGGCCAUCCGCUACGUGGCGUCGCAGCUCGGCGAGCAGGGCGGCGAGGGCGGCCAGGGCGGCCCCGGCGCGCCCGACGCGCCCGCGCCCUUCGCCGGCAUCCCGGACAGCGACGACGGCGACAUCGCGCAGCUCGGCACCAGCUUCCGGGACCCGCGCCGCAUCACGCUGGAGAAGUUCGAGUUCGUGAAGGUGCUGGGCAAGGGCACCUUCGGCAAGGUGGUGCUGAGCCGCGAGAAGGGCACGGGCAAGCUGUACGCCAUGAAGAUCCUCAAGAAGCACCUCAUCAUCCAGAAGGACGAGGUGGCGCACACCAUCACCGAGAACCACGUGCUGAAGAAGGCCAAGCACCCGUUCCUGACGGCGCUGCGCUACUCGUUCCAGACGGCGGACCGCGUGUGCUUCGUCAUGGAGUACGCCAACGGCGGCGAGCUGUUCUUCCACCUGUCGCGCGUGCGCAGCUUCAGCGAGGAGCGCACGCGCUUCUACGGCGCCGAGAUCGUGUCGGCGCUGGGCUACCUGCACGCCGAGGGCAUCAUCUACCGCGACGUGAAGCUGGAGAACCUGCUGCUGGACAAGGACGGCCACGUCAAGAUCACGGACUUCGGCCUGUGCAAGGUCAACAUCACCUACGGCCGCACCACCAAGACCUUCUGCGGCACGCCCGAGUACCUGGCGCCCGAGGUGCUGGAGGACACGGACUACGGGCCCGCCGUGGACUGGUGGGGCACGGGCGUGGUGCUGUACGAGAUGGUCUGCGGGCGCCUGCCCUUCUACAACCGCGACCACGACGUGCUGUUCGCGCUCAUCGUGGAGGAGCAGGUGCGCUUCCCGCGCGCGCUGUCGGCGCCGUGCCGCGCGCUGCUGGCGGCGCUGCUGUGCAAGGAGCCGGCGCGGCGCCUGGGCGCGGGGCCCGACGACGCGCAGGAGAUCAUGCAGCACCCCUUCUUCGCCAGCGUCAACUGGGCCGACCUGCUGGCCAAGAAGAUCCCGCCGCCCUUCAAGCCGCAGGUGGACUCGGACACCGACACGCGCUACUUCGACUCCGAGUUCACGGGCGAGUCCGUGGAGCUCACGCCGCCCGACUGCGACGCCGGCCUGCAGCGCAUCCAGGAGGAGCACUUCCCGCAGUUCAGCUACCAGGACAUGUGCUCGUCGGCGCACUCGGCGCUGUCGCAUAUGUCGCACUCGGCCGCCGCCGACCGCCGCCACUAGCGCGCGGUCGCACGCGGCGCACGUGUCGCACUCGGCCGCCGCCGACCGCCGCCACUAGCGCGCGGUCGCACGCGGCGCACGCGUCGCACUCGGCCGCCGCCGACCGCCGCCACUAGCGCGCGGUCGCACGUGUCGCACUCGACCGCCGCCACUAGCGCGGGCUCGCACGCGGCGCACGUGUCGCACUCGGCCGCCGCCGACCGCCGCCACUAGCGCGCGGUCGCACGCGGCGCACGUGUCGCACUCGGCCGCCGCCGACCGCCGCCACUAGCGCGCGGUCGCACGCGGCGCACGUGUCGCACUCGUCGCGCCUCGCCCGAGCCUCGCUCACUGCGCGCGCCCACGUCCCUUCUGAGAGCUAGUAGAUUUUUUAGGAAGGUACUUGAGGCAAAUUGAAAGCUUGUCCUGUACCUGUUCUGUGCUUCCCUAACACAGAAUUAAAGACCUGUCUGGGGAGUGAUGGGAUUUUUCGUAAUUUAUAUCAUUCGGAAUAUUUUUACAAAAAAUUUUCUUCUGUAAUUUUUACACCUUAAAAUUGAACAUUUAAAUAGUUGAUAAAAUAAUUAACUAUCCACUUUAUUAUCAGUCUGAUCUUUGGCUUUGCCAGGUGCUUGCAAAAUAUUUUGAAAAAAUAACCCAACCGGUAUAUUUUUUUUUGCAAAAAAUGAAAAUUCCCACUAAUCCAGCCAGGUCUCCAGUUCUGUGUUAUGAGAAGUAUACAAUAAGUUUUCAUCUUGUGUCAAAUACCUACUCAAAAAUUGGAUAUUUUUUAGUACUUCCGGCUCUCGGACCAUUUCAAAAUGACGUAAAGGAGCGGGCGGCGGGCGUGGUGAGUGGCCGCCGCCGCCCGCCGAUAGGUGACAUUCGUCCUUUACUCGUCGGUCGCCAUCUUGUAUGUAUUAUAGUAAGUACUGAUCGUAAUAUACAGUGUCAUUUGGCGCGGGUGGUAAGGGAAAAUCGAAAACCAUAGGGGAUAACAUAUCUACCUUACCUAAAUGCGAUAUGUUCAUCAAGUGCGAGAAGUACAAAAAAUAGUAAAACUUGGAAAAAAUGCAUUUGAAAGUCUUUAGACGAAAACACAGUACCAGUACUCGUAAGGAUUAUUUUGGAAAAAGAUAAAUUGUAACCGCACUGGCUUAAACUAAAUAAUUAUUAAAGACAAAUGAGGCCAAAUUAUUUACAAAACCGGCUCAUAUUUGUUGAGAUAGUUUCCCAGUGACUAUGGUGUCAUACAUCGUCCCAUUCGCACGAAACAUGAUGGGGCCUUGCGCCGCCGCCGCUCCUUCGACGGCGAGCCCACGACUUCUCGCGGCAGGUCGCCACCCGCGGCACGCCACCCGCGGCACGCCACCCGCGGCCCGCCGGCGACGGGCUCCUGUGACUUGAGCGGGACGGACUAAGGGCGGGCUGGUAUCAUCGGUAACGUAAUUUCGCUUGCAUCAUAUUAUAUUUUUUGUAUGUUAAAUAUAUUGGUAGGCUAAUUGAGUCCCAGCAGCACGCUCUGCUCGUCGUGCUGUGACUGUGGUCUGGAGCGCGGGCGGCUGCGCCCCACCAUAUAUAAUUUCCUUUUUGUAUAUAUUAAAGAUAAGAUUUA